AUUCCGUUUCAAAUAAUUUCAAAAGAUUUGGGUUUAGGAAAUUUUAUAAUAAUGGGACUGCUUAUUGGAUUAGUGGCUGGAUUUGUAUUGCUGAUGCUGCCUAACUCCAAUGCUGAGAUUGUCGGUUGUGAUUUCUUCGAUACUGUAGAUAUCUCUGAAGGUAAAAGACUCGCAAAUGGUUCAGUCCUUUACGAGGACCUUCUCAUUCCCGCCGAUUUGACGGGCGAAUAUGACUUUAAGCUUCUCGGCAACGGAUCGAAGGAGGCGGUAGCAAGUCACAUAAGAGGAUGUGUCUGCCAACUGAGGUCCUGCGUCCGGUUUUGCUGCCCCCACAACCACUUAAUAAAAUGGGGCGCCUGCAACAGUAACACGACAACGGACGAGCUGAGUAAUGUCGAUCCCUUCCUAAGCGUGACGCUCAACAACGGCUCGGUGGUUAAAAUGCACUACAGAAAAGACCUAGUGGUUCAGUGGGACUUGCCCAAGCCCUGCCAGGAAGCCGAUUUGUACUUCCUAGACGACCAAGUAGAAAUGGAAAAAUACACAUUGCUUGAGAACGAAACUCUGUUGCGCCACUUUGACAGUGUGAUCCUGGACAAGGCGGAUUACUGUUUUCAGCAUCUUCUUUCCGAAGAUGGUAAUGUCCGAAUAACCCCUCACCAUUGCCCCAUGCUCACUUAUAGAGAGCCUUCUAACAUUGCCCAGGCAGAUGUCGAGACAGUUGCCCAGACAGUUGUGAUGAUCCUAUCGUUGACAUGCAUGGUCCUUACGAUCGGCGUUUAUCUCUUCGUUAAGAAACUGAGAAAUUUGUAUGGCAAAUGCUUUGUCUGCUACAUGAGCAGCCUGUUUCUGGCCUACUUGCUCCUGCUGCUUGACCUGUGGCACCUAACCUCCGGCCUCUGCCUAACAGCAGGAUUCCUGGGCUACUUUUUCGUCAUGGCUGUCUUUUUCUGGCUCUCUGUAAUCAGCCUGGACCUCUUUAAUGGGAUGAAAGGCGUCCUUGUGUCGGAGAAUCGGUUUCUGGCCUACAACUGCUAUGCCUGGGGAAUGUCGGUGGCCUUGACCGUAGUCACCUUUUUGGCUGACAAGUUUGUAGAAAACCAGGACUGGAAUCCUCGAAUGGGAGCCCUAGGCUUCUGCUGGAUCUAUACCAAAGAGUGGUCUGCCAUGCUCUACUUCUUCGGACCGAUUUUAGUGCUGAUUCUCUUCAACAUGACGUUGUUCAUCCUGAUGGCCAUACCUUUGAUCAGUUCUAAAAGGGCGCUGAGGAAAUUCGCCCGCAAGGAAGGCAGGAAGCAGAAGCUUAAAUCGGACAAACAGAAUUACGCAUUGUUUCUGCGGCUCUUUGUCGUCAUGGGAUUGACGUGGAGCUUGGAGAUAAUAUCCUACUUGGUGCAGAAUACAAAGUGGGCCAAGGCCCUUCUGGUGGCGGACUAUCUAAAUUGGUCUCUGGGUCUUGUCAUAUUUGUGGUUUUUAUUAUGAGAACCAGUACGCUGGACCUAUUAAAGAUGCAAAUAUUGCCAAAGCAUCAGCGGAGUGGCCUAAGUAUUAAGUCAAAAGUAAGUCGAACGACGACUGCGGAAUCCCUCUCUCAGUACCCAGGUCCAAACCAGAGCUUUUCGAUGCAGAACUCAUCCAGUGCCUAGAAAGGCAUUCUAAUAUAUCUACGAUUUGAUAUCCCUCGCCAAAUUUAAAUAUUAAUUUUCAUCAAGUAGAGACCUUAUAAAUGUUGUUUUAAGUCAAGAAUACUAUUACUAUUCAUAAAAAUAUAACGAUUAUAAUAACAACAAGCCCAGUACAAGCAUUCCUACACAUUUAUGUAGAGAUUAAUUUAAGAGCUCGCUUUUUUACCGAGAAGCAUUAUCAGACAUAAGGGGAAAUUUUGAUGAUGAUUCAAAAAACAUUUUUUUUGUGACCUCGAGAAGUUUGAAAUAAAUUCUGAUAUCAAAAUAUA